AUGGCUGAGGUAGAUUCUGGCCCGGCCGAGCCCCAAGCCCGACACAUCGUUUACUGCGGAGUGUGCACUUUGCCCCCCGAGUACUGCGAGUUCGGCGGUACCGCUAAGAAAUGUGAGGACUGGUUGAAGGAAAAGCACCCGGAUCUAUGGAAUGGAUUAUACUCCCAAGAUGCCUUGACGGCCAACUUGUCUACCCUCUCCGUCUCUGCCCAAGAACGUGCCGCAAAGGACGCUGCUAAGAAGGAGGCUAAGGCUGCUCAAAGUGAGGCCCGAGAUGCCGAGAAGAAGGCUGCCUCCAAGGUUCAGAUAAAGCGGGUCGAACGCAACAAGCGCAAGUACGUCACGGUCAUCCUGGGAUUGGAGGUUUUCGGUCUCGAGAACAAGAAGAUUGCCAAGGAUCUCGGCAAGAAGUUCGCCACUGGUUCCUCGAUGACCCGAUCCCCGGCAGGCGCAGAGGAAAUCACCGUGCAGGGAGAUGUUAGCGAUGAUGUGCGCGAAUGGUUGCUCGAGGUGCACGGAGACAAGAUCCCCGCAGCGAAUAUCGAGUUGAUUGAGGAUAAGAAAAAGAAGAAGGCUGAAGGCGCUGUUUAG